AUGCGGGUUAUUUUUUGGAAUAUCAAUGGUGUUGCGCGUACAGCAGCACAUUCUAAGCUUAGGGAGCUGAUUAGAGAUUUCCAUCCUGAAGUUUUUGGUCUUGCUGAACCAAAAGUGGCGUGCUCAGCAAAUUUUGGGAGGAGGCUAAUUUCUGAAGGUUAUUCUUCAUUUAUUAUUAAUAAUUCUGCUAAUUCUGGUAUUUCAAAUCUUUGGGUUUGUUAUAAGGAUGGGCUUCAUGUUUCUGUAGUUAAUUCUAGUAAACAAGCUAUUACAAUUGCGUUUGAUGGUGUGUAUAUCUCUUUUUUCCAUGCUAGCUACAUUCAAACUACUAUGCGCAGGCUUUGGCAGCAACUAGUUAUGCAAGAUUCAAUUACACCUUGGCUGGUCAUAGGUGAUUUUAAUUGUAUUUUGCGUUUGAAUGAGAAGAAAGGUGGCUUGGAAAUAAGAUCGUCUGUCAUUGGUGAUUUCAGUGAUUGGAUGGAUGACAAUAAUCUUUUUGAAUCGGAUUCCUUGGGCAGCAAAUUCACUUGGUGUAAUAGGCAAUCUGGUACUAGUCGUAUUAUUAGUAUGUUGGAUCGUGCAAUUAUUAAUGCGGCUUGGCUUGCUAAAUUUGAGAAUUGGCGGCCUUAUAGAGCUCCUUUUCGUGUUCAAAAGAUGUGGUUUUUACAUGGGUAUUUUCUUCGGAUGGUCAAUGAGAGUUGGACUUUGUCUGUUCAUGGUUCUCCUGAUUUUAUUUUCCCUUAUAAAUUGAAGCGGCUGAAGAUUGCAAUGAAGGAUUGGAAUCUGAGGAUUUUUGGUAAUGUGAAUUCUCGUUUGAAGCAAGACCAACUUCGUUUUGAGACAGCAGCCCUUAUUACAGAUGAGGAUCCUAGUAAUAUUGUUAAUCUAAAAGCAAUGAAGGAUGCUAUGAAAACUUUAUGUGAUACUCGUUUGCAACAGUUAACUAUACUCAAGCAAAAGUCUAGGAACAAAUGGUUGGUGGAGGGUUCAAGUAAUUCCAGUUUCUUUCAUAGUAGUAUUAGAAUUAGAAAAAGUUCUAAUACUAUUUCGGAACAUGUUGAUUUGAAUGGGACUUGUUUGACAAAUUAUGAGCAGCUUCGUAAUCAUGUAGUUCAGUUCUAUGAGGAUAAGUUCAAUGGCCAAGAUCCGGUGAUAGAAGGUGAUUUAUUUGAUUUUGAGCAUGCUUCAGUUUCUGUUGAGGAGAGCAACGCCAUGGAUAUGAUUCCUUCCCCGGAAGAAAUUAAGCAAGCUGUUUUUGAUCUGAGUGCGGAUAGUGCCCCAAGGCCGGAUGGUUUCUCUGGUUGUUUCUAUCGUCAUUGUUGGGAUAUUAUUCAUGAUGAUUUAACCAAGGCCAUUAUUCAUUGUUGGAAAGCGGGUAGUAUUCCAAAUGGUGUUAAUUCAUCUUUUAUCAUCUUGCUGGCUAAGAUCCUAGCUACUAGACUUGGUACAGUUUUGGAUAAGCUUGUGUCUGAAGAACGGGCAGCCUUCAUGAAAGGGAGAAAUAUUCAUGAGAAUAUUAGCUUGGCGUCGGAGAUGGUUAAUGAGUUGCAUUAUAAACGCAAGGAUGGCAACAUUGGCCUUAAACUUGGUAUUUCUCAAGCUUUUGACACGUCUGCUAGAAUUUCUGUCAUUUUGAAUGGUAGUCCGGAAGGUUACUUCAAAAUUAACAGAGGUUUGCGUCAAGGUGAUCCCCUCUCCCCUUUGAUUUUUUUCUUGAUUGAGGAUGUUCUUAGCAGAAAUAUUACGAAGCUUUUUCGUGAUAAAAAGAUGACGCCCAUGGUAAAUAGAGGUGGUAUUUAUCCUACUCACCUUUUCUUUGCUGAUGACAUAAUGAUUUUUUGUAAAGGUAAUUCCAAAAGUCUUCAUAAUCUUGUAGACUUGUUGGGAAGUUAUCAGCGUGCUUCAGGUCAGACUGUUUGUCGUCAAAAGAGUAAGAUUUAUUAUAGUGGUGGUUCUUCGAGUUGGUGUAAUUAUAUUGCAUCUUAUUUGGGGAUGAGUGUAGCUACUUUUCCGGAUCGCUAUUUGGGAGUUCAAAUUAUGCCAGGUAUUGUUCGAUAUCGCCAUACUAGCAAUGUUGUUGAAAAGAUUAAAAAUCAGCUUGCUGGUUGGAGAGGGAGGUUAUUAUCUUUUCAUGAUCGCAUUGUUCUUGUUAAAUCAGUUAUUGCCAGUUAUUACAUUCAUAAUAUGGCUAUUUAUAAGUGGCCUCGUAAGUUUAUUCUUCAAUGUGAGAGGGUUAUCCGUAACUUUAUUUGGUCUAAUGAUUCGAACAUUAAUCGUGUAGUGGUAGUGGAUUUUGAUAAAAUCUGUUGCCCUUUUGAGGAGGGGGGUCUCGGACUAACUCGUAUGGCCACUAUGAACAAAGAUCUUAUUAUGAAACUUUGGUGGAAGAUUCGUAAUUCUACAAAGAAGUGGGCUCUUUUCCUGAAGGCAAAAUUAUUUGAUCGUAAGGGUUAUAUUAAGCAUUCGGGGGUUAAAUCUUCUAUUUUGCCUGGUUUAAGGAGUGUGUAUAAUUGUGUGGAAAAGAAUACUAAGGUCUCAAUUGGUGAUGCUAGAGUAAGUGAUAUUUUAAAGGAUGGCCUUUGGGAUAUUCCUGAAAUUCACUUGCAAUACUUGAUUGCUGCUGGUCUAGAGUUGAAUAGGAUGCCAAUUCCUAUGGGUGGAGCUGAUGUUAGGGUAUGGAUGCCGGAGUUGAAGGGUGAGUUCAGUGUUAAGUCUGCAACUGAGUUGCUUCGGCAGAAGUAUUCUCGGUUAGAAGGUACGCAGCUUCUGUGGAGAAAAGAAGUUCAUCCUGUUCUUGCUGCUCAGAACUGGAAAUUCUUAUGUGGAGUUUGUGCUACGUAUGACCUUAUCAAGCGCAGGUUCAAAAUCUCUCUUGCUAACAAAUGCUGCCUGUGUGAUGUUCAAGAGGAAACUCUUACUCAUGUGUUAUAUGAGUGUUGCUUUGCUACAAGAGCCUGGAAUUGGCUAGCUGAUGUGUUCAAGUUACAACCUAAUGCUAACCUUAUUGUUUCUUUUAAAGCAACAAAAGGAAGGAGUCAUAUUGUCCGUGAUCUGUGGCUUAUUGCCAACCUUGUUCUUAGGUCGGAGCUAUGGCAGUUGCGGAACAAGGCUGUUUUCGAGCAUAAAAAGCCUAAUUGGAGUAUCUUUCAUAAGCGCGUUCUGAAGUUGAUACAAGAUUAUUCAAUUCGGCUCAAGGGUCAUAUGAACAAUAGUGAUGAUGAUGUUGUUCUUCUGAACUAUUUUAGAGUUCAGCACCGUAGUGUGAAGUUGCAUCAUCCUGUGGCUUGUUUUUGGUUACCGCCUAAGACUAAUGAAUUACAAAUUUGUUGUGAUGGAGCGGCGAGAGGUAACCCAGGCGUUGCGGGUGCAGGUGUAGUAGCUAGGGAUGAGCAUUGUUCAGUUCUUGGUGCUAUGAGUAUUGAUCUAGGAGUCACGACGAAUUAUUUAGCAGAAUUGUACGUCAUUAUUGUUGGUUUGGAGUGGGCUAUGCAAUGGGGUUUUUCUUGUAUUUGUAUACGGUCUGAUUCUAUGGGAGUUGUUGAAGCUUUCAAGAAUGACUCAAUUCCUUGCUGA